AUGGCGACAACCACUACACAAAUUAUCGUCGAUAACGACGUAUUCCCAUUCAAAAAAACACAGAUCCAAGUGCAUGAUCUUCCAACACCAGUGGAGGUCGAUAUUCCACUGCCGCCCCCAUCGUUUCGCCCGACUGAGAUCCUAGAUGUCGAUAAAGGCACCCCGGAUAACCAUGUACCUCGCGAUUCCAGACUUAUUCGGCUAACGGGCAUCCAUCCUUUCAAUGUCGAACCUCCCCUAACAGCAUUAUUUAAAGAAGGAUUCCUUACAUCUCCAGAAUUGUUCUAUGUCCGAAACCAUGGCCCAGUGCCCCAGGUUCGCGAUGAGGACAUCCCGACUUGGGAACUGAGCAUUGAAGGACUGGUAGAAAACCCGAUCGUUUUGAACUUUCGCGACAUUCUCCAGAAAUAUGACCAAAUUACCGCCCCAAUCACACUCGUUUGUGCUGGCAACCGACGGAAAGAGCAGAAUACAGUCCGAAAGUCAAAAGGGUUUUCCUGGGGCCCAGCUGGACUGUCGACGGCCUUGUUUACCGGCCCGAUGAUGGCCGAUAUCCUCCGCAGCGCCAAGCCGCUCCGCCGAGCCAAGUAUGUGUGCAUGGAAGGGGCUGAUAAACUGCCGAAUGGAUAUUAUGGAACCUCCGUCAAAUUGAACUGGGCCAUGGACCUGAAUAAAGGGAUCAUGCUAGCACAUAAAAUGAAUGGCGAGUCACUUAGGCCGGAUCAUGGCCGUCCACUGCGGGCGGUUGUUCCAGGCCAGAUCGGAGGUCGCAGUGUCAAGUGGCUCAGGAAGUUGAUUGUGACCGAGGUCCCCAGUGACAAUUGGUAUCAUCUCAACGACAAUCGGGUACUUCCAACAAUGGUCUCCCCGGAACUGUCCGCCCAAGAUAAGAAGUGGUGGACUGAUGAGCGGUAUGCCAUUUAUGACCUUAAUGUGAACUCGGUCGCAGUAUAUCCCGAGCAUGAAGAGACAUUGGAUUUAGCCACGACUGGCCACACCUAUACGGCAAAAGGGUAUGCAUAUGCAGGAGGUGGUCGAAGAAUCACAAGAGUUGAAAUAUCUUUGGAUUCGGGCAAAUCUUGGCGUCUUGCCGAUCUUGAGUACGCCGAGGACAAAUAUCGAGAAUUUGAAGGCGAGCUAUUUGGAGGGAAGGUGGACAUGUGGCAGCGAGAGACUUGCUUUUGCUGGUCAUUCUGGUCUCUCGGCAUACCCGUCUCGGACUUGGAGAAGAGCGAUGCGUUUCUUGUCCGGGCGAUGGAUGAAGCAUUGGCCGCCCAGCCGCGGGAUAUGUACUGGUCGGUCCUGGGUAUGAUGAAUAACCCAUGGUUCCGUGUCGCGAUCACGAAACAUGGAAGUUGUCUGAAGUUUGAACACCCGACACAUCCUGCAAGGGCCGGAGGUUGGAUGGAAAGAAUCAAAAAGGCGGGCGGUGAUUUGACAAAUGGCAACUGGGGAGAGAGACACCAGGGCGAAGCGCCUGUGGAGCCAGAGCCCACGAAGGAGAUCAACAUGAAGAAGGAAGGGGUGAAUCGUCAGAUUGAUCUUGAAGAGCUCAAGGCAAAUAGCAACAGCGAAAAGCCCUGGUUCGUUGUGAACGGUGAGGUCUAUGAUGGAACGGGCUUCCUCGAAGGUCAUCCUGGAGGCGCAAUCAGUAUUACAUCCUCCGCUGGGCUAGAUGUAUCGGAGGAUUUCCUGGCCAUUCAUAGCGAAACAGCGAAGUUAAUGAUGCCCGAUUACCACAUCGGCACCUUAGACCAGACAUCGCUGGAAGCGCUCAAUAGCAACGCCGCCUCUAUAUCUGACGAGCUACGCCCAGUAUUCCUCCAGUCCCGCGCAUGGUCGAAACUCAAACUCACAGAGAAGAAGAAUGUAUCCUGGGAUACAAGGAUAUUCGUCUUCCAGCUGGAACACGAAAAACAGUCGUUGGGUCUGCCAAUUGGCCAGCAUUUGAUGAUCAAAGUCAAUGAUCCCGGCAGCAAGGAAGCUAUAAUCAGAUCCUACACUCCGAUUUCGGACACACACGUCGAAGGGAGGUUGGAGUUGCUGGUCAAGGUGUACUUCCCGACGACAACUAUUCCGGGUGGCAAGAUGAGCAUGGCCCUCGAUAGUCUCCCUCUGGGAGCAAGCAUUGACUGCAAGGGACCCACCGGUCGAUUUGAGUAUCUGGGCAACGGGCGUGUGCUCAUUAGCGGCAAGGAACGCCAUGUUCGCUCUUUCAAGAUGAUCUGCGGUGGGACGGGUAUCACCCCGAUUUUCCAGGUCCUGCGUGCUGUGAUGCAGGACCCAGAAGAUCCAACGACGUGUGUCGUGAUUGAUGGGAACAGAUUAGAGGAAGAUAUUCUGUGUCGAUCAGAGCUUGAUGCCUAUGGUGCAGCAGACACUCAAAGGUGUACUGUCGUGCAUACCCUCACCAAGGGGUCCAAAAGUUGGCAAGGCCGCCGGGGACGGAUCUCGGAGGAGUUGAUCAAAGAAUUCGCGGCUCCCGAGGACAGCAGCAUGGUCAUUCUCUGUGGACCCGCGGCAAUGGAAGAGUCGGCACAGAAGAUUCUUCUUGCUCAGGGUUGGGCAGAAUCUGACCUCCAUUGUUUCUAA